GCCACACCAGUGUGUGAAUUGCUUUCAAGAUAAGUGAAGGCAUAAAUCCCCCCCAGGGAACUCAGGAAUACCUCAGGUUGAGCAGAAAUCACCUCUGUGUUAAGCUCCCCUCUUACAGCAGAUAAGAAUGGCAUUUGAUGGCACCUGGAAGGUGGAGAAGAGUGAAAACUAUGAGAAGUUCAUGGAGGCGAUGGGUAAGAUCUGGAUCCCCUUUGCCUCCUAUGACAAUGUUUGUUAUCACUGCUGUUUGAAAGCUUGGUGGAGAUGCUGCCCUUCUUUUCAUGGUCUCCUUAGCCAAUGAUGUUCUGCUGCAUUGUCUGCUACCUACUAAAUCUCAGCUCUUCUAUCCUUUAGAGGGAGCUUCCUGGAAAAAAAUAUAGCUUGCCAGUAAAUGAAUCUUGCACAACCAUUAGGGUUGCCUCUCCUCUUCCUCCUCCUAUUCGUCCAACACGGGAGAUGUAGUGAUGUUGAAAUGUUUUGCUAGGUUUUUUCCCUGCCUGCAGAGGGAAAAAAUAUAUUUAGCACUGCUGGCAUGUUGCAAUAAAGAAUUCACUGGUCUUUAUUUUUUUCCCUGCGCUUUUCUUGAAGCAGCUCAGCGUGGUGUGCGUAAUUUAUGCCCUUGCCACCACUGUUUUAUCUUCACAAGCACCCCUGUGAGGUGGGAUGGCUGAUAAAGCACAUUUGAAACACGUUCUUUCCUUCAGAGAAUUCUGGGCAAUGUAGUUUAUCCCUCAGUCACAAUUCCCAGUAUCCCUUAACAAACUACAGUGCCUAUAAAUAUGUGUAUAUAUACAUUGGUGGGGAAGAAUGUGCUUCCUAUGUGCUUUAAAGUUAUAGUGUGUAUGCAGCCAGUCACCCAGUGAGCUUCAUGGCUAAGCAGAUAUUUCAGCUCAGAUUUUCAAGCUCUUCGUUUCACACACACACUAGCUCUUAUCUUAGAAAGUUUACUUUUCCUCUUAAUCGUGCUUGCAAAACUCAAAGCAAUGAUUUCCUGCUCUCAUACUUUUCUAAGACUUAACAUUUGGAAUAUGCCAUAUGCUCACUAUACAGCAUUUGCAGCCCUCAAGCUACUGUUGGGAGUCCAAUUUUUUAAAAAAAAUAAAUUUAUAUACCGCCCCAUAUCCACAGGUCUCAGGGCAGUUCACAGGAUUAAAUCUCAUCAACCCCAGCCCUCUUCAGCCCACACAUUCGCCACAUAGGCCAGCCACGUAAAUGCAGCUUUCUUCAGUUGACUCUCACCCACUCCCCAAAAAACUUUCCUGCCCAAUAUUUGGUGCUUCCAAGUAAGGGCUUAAUACUGCAAAUGCGUCAUUGAGAUAUUCCAAAUGGGUGGUUGAUAGGAAAGAAAUUCAAUUCAGUUCACAUUUGGUGGCAAACUUAUCUAAUCUACACUUUCUGAAACACUGUAUUUUACUCUGCAAACCACCUUGAAAUCUUGCGAUGAAGGGCAGUAUAUAAAUCUAAAUCUAAAUAAUAAUAAUAAUAAAAAUACCCCCAUUAAAAAAGAAGUCACAUUUUUCUUAAUUUUGCAAUGCAACCCUCUAGUCAAGUAAUGUGUGUGCAAAAGUGCACACGCUAGGGUAAAGUGUGCAUAUAAAAAUGAAUAUGUUAGCGAAAAUAGCAAAGAAAAAUGCUUUAUAGUAGGGAAAGUUGCUUUGCAAACAUGACCAAUAAUUGCAUACCCAAAACGUUGGUGAAUUUUUGUGAAGGUAGCUUUUAAUAGUUGCAAACUGAUGUAAAAAUGCGGAGAACUGAAGACUGGAAAAAUGAAAAACAAAUUAUUUGGGACAGGUUUUCUUAGCACAUUUUCCAGGGAAAGGGAAAAUCCAGAUUAAAUGAGAACAAAUGCAGGUUUUGAUACUGACUAUAUCAGGUACACACUGCAAAAAACUUGCAUGCAUGAGGAAUGUACAUUCCACAACGAACAUCUGGAAGCAGCCCUACAUAGCAGUUUCACGUUGAGCAGCAUCAACUUAUGCCACCCCCAAGGUGUUUUGCAAUGGUAUCUUCCUUCCCCCUGGCUCAGAAGAAUAUAUAGAGCUACAUAAAUCAAUUUCUGAAUGGAUUUACACUAAUGAAGGCUCUUUCUUUUCAAAGAGAGCAGAAUAGAAGGAGAGAAAAUUAUCUACGUACUCGGGGUCAUUGAGGUAACAAACAUUAAAGAGAAAUGUCAAGGACCCAGCAUUAGUUUGUCCGAUGUGCUUUCCAAGCCUUUGUCUAUGGCAUAUUGCAGAUCACAUAUGGUUCACACACUGCCUUAAAAGCCAACAGCAUGGGGAUAUGCAGAAAGGAUAUCUAGAUUGCGUGUGUUAGCAUUGAACACCAUAGAAAACUAUUUCAGAGGUCAAAAAGAAGACUUGCUCAGUGCUAGCCUUCUAUUACUGUAGUCAAUGUGCUUACUUUUUUUUUUUUUAAGAACAUUCCUACUGGGUGUUUAACUUGCUACCCUCUUCCCUUCUCAGGUAUUAAUUUAGUAAAGAGAAAACUAGGGGCCCACGACAACCUGAAGAUCAUUAUUCAACAAGAUGGAAACAAAUUCACCAUCAAAGAAUCCAGCAAUUUCCGCACAAUAGAGAUAGUAUUCAACCUGAAAGAGAAUUUUGACUACAGCUUGGCUGAUGGAACAGAACUCCACGUAAGACACCUGUUCUCCUGUGAUGGUUUUUGUUCCUGUGGGGAGAGUCUGCAGAGAGCAGUACACACCUGAUUUGGUUUGGGGUGGUUUCUAGGAACGUUUAAGCUGAACCAUAUUUUAAAAUGUCCAUGUCUUUCUUUAUGUUGUAGGGCAAUUGGGACCUGAAAGGCAGCCAACUUGUAGGCACAUUCAACCGGAAAGAUAACGGGAAGGAACUUAAGGCACUGAGAGAAAUCGAAGGAGAUGAAAUGAUUCAGGUAAGUUCAGCAGGAAUAGCUAACAGAUCUUCUUAAGUUUUAUUUUCCUUUGCUAACAAUAACAAAAAUCAUUUAGGUUCUUGACGAGGAACAAAGGAGAUGUUCUUAAAUUUUGACCCUAAGCCAAUUUACUUGAAAGUACAAUUUACUUUCUGUUUAAAGGAAACAGGAAGAAGAUACCUGUUUUUCCUCGGUGAAUUGAAAAGGUUAGGAUUACAACCUUAGGGAGACAUUUCUUCUUGGCCGUAAAAGUUCAGAACUUGGGAUACCUCAACCUGUUUUUUUUAAAAAAAGUAUUAUAACAAGUGGGAGCUGCCACAGUGCUCCUGUUCAGGGUGUCAGUCAGCCACUCACUUGAUCAGACUUCUGCAUAUCACCCCCAAAUUCUUAUUUUUCUGUGUCUUCACAAUAAGCUUACUUAUUGGGAUGAUUCUGGUAAUUCUGGAAACCUUUGGGUUUCCCCAAACCUACUGAUACUGCCCCCUUGUGUUUCCAGUGCCGUUUUGGCUAACCAACUUCUACUUUCUAAAAUAAUGCCUAAACGGAAGCACAACCAUCCUUUGAAAUUCUCACUUCUCUAAAUUUUGUAGGGCCUUUCUCUAGCCAAGUAAUGUCUAUGAAACAACAGCUACUAGCAUAAAAAUGCAUAUAUUUCUGAAAAUGCCAUACAAAAAUGCAUUACUAGCCAGUUGAGGGAGAGGGGAGUCCACCCAUUUGCUGUCUUGCACAGGUUCACUUCCUUUGUUCCCCUUAAUGGCCCUCUAAAUAUGCAUUGGGUGUGCUUAAAUAUAGGGUGUGGAUCUGCUCAGUAACUGACAACAUUUUUCUCUCCUCUCUUUCCUCUUCACUCCAAUAAGUAACAUUCUGAUUCUCUCUUUCUUGUACUAUUUCAGACUUACGUCUAUGAAGGAGUUACAGCAAAGAGAAUCUUCAAGAGAGGUUGAACAGCCCAGAAUUGAAAUCUGAAAUAAAACUGUACUUUAUUUAUGGCAACUGUAAUUUCCCCACCGAGCACAAGAGUAAUGGAGUUCUGAUAUGCUUGCCAACAUACUAUAACUGAAAUGCAACUAAUGUACCGUAUGUUUAUCUAUAAUACCCAUGUCUGUUUAGAUAAAUCAGUCUUAGCAAUACCAUUUAUCUACCUUUUAUAAAUAAUGAUGGUGGUGUUGGUG